AGGGCUGAAGCUGGACAAUCGGACAAUGGCUCCUAACAAUGAUCAUCAUCGGAGAAACCAUGGCUGCUCUCUGUUUACGCCGAAAACCCCAUGUUUCUUCAAGAUCAUUCUGGAGGACACUGUUCGAGAUGGGAAGAUGUGAAAAGAAGAGUGCUUCUGCUAGUUCUUUCAUGGAUGGUCAUGGGGUUACAUCUGCUAAUAAGCUAUAUUACUGUAGUUUUCGUCUUGAUCUAUUUGGUCUCAUGCUUUUGCUGCUUCAUGCUUCAUGGGACCAUGACUAUUUCCUAUUUGCAUGUGUCUUAAUUAGAAAUUUUCUACAGAGGAUUCCCAGAAAAUUUGUGAGAAGAUAUGGGCAUGGUAUGUCCAGCCCAGUAGUACUCCAGGACCCUAGUGGUGCUGUGUGGAAGGUGGGACUGAUUAAAAGUGAAGGCUGCAUGUGGUUGCAAAAUGGCUGGAAAGAAUUUGCUGAGCAUUAUUCUAUCAAGUAUGGACAUUUUGUGGUUUUUAGAUACGAGGGGAAUUGCAAAUUCCAUGUAAUAAUAUUUGAUAUGAGUGCUUCGGAGAUAGAGUACCCACAAACUAGCAAGAGUCAUGGUGAAGAUUGUGACCAAGUUGAAAAUUUUCGACAACCAAAGGAGGAAGAAGCUAAAGAUGAUAUCUCUGUUGAGAUCUUGCGUGAGAUUCCUCAAAGCAGGAAAAAGAGACAGAAAUCGCCAUUACCAUGUUCUUGGCCUUGUAAGAAAGUGAAAACCACUUUAACGAACGGAAUUACUAAAAGUUCAAACUGCAGUUCAUCAUUAGCUGUUAAGAGUAGAGGCAAGCGAGUGAAACCCAAGAAGAGCUUGGAAGCUGACACCAAGUGUGAUCCACACAAACUAUGUGCUGCCAAAGAAUCCAUGGUCCUCAAAACUAAUGAAAAUAAGAAUGAUGCACCAAUGGAGAUCUUGGAUGAUUUGCCAUCUCAGAAAACACUACAGAAAUCAUCUUUAUGCUCUUCUAGAUCUCGGAAGAACAUAAGAAACAAUCCCUGUGGAAACAGAGAAAGCACUUCCAAAUUACCACCAUUGCCUCGCCAUUCUAGAUAUAAAGACACUCAAUCUACCAGGAUGAAACUGGAGAAGUCAAUGAAAAAAGAAUGCAUGGAUAAUUCCAUGAAGAAAUAUGGGGGUUCUCUUAAAUUUUCCACAAAAGAUGAUGGUACAAGGAGAAAACCGACACAGAGAUGCAAAAAGGCUAAAGUGAGGCCAUCAUCAUCUCAGGAAGAGAGAACAAAGGCUCUUUUCAAAUUUAAAAAUCCUUUUUUCAGACUCGUCAUGCAGCAAUCAUAUAUCAGCAGUGACAGUUUGGAACAAGAACUCAUACUUUGCCCUCUUCAUAACUGGAAGCCUGAUGCUUGAUAGCAGUUUUUCUCCCUGUUCUGGUUUUCUAUUGGUUUGUUUUGAACUUCGUAGUUUUUGCAGACUCUAUAGUUUACUGUAUGGAUCAUCGUCAAUUCAUUUAUCCUUGAUUAAAAAGAGAAUAAAGAUUAUAGUCCCAA